ACAAAUCCAACAUAUCAGACACAAACUGCAACAAUCAUUAACACAAAUCAUUCACAUUCUUCCACAGACACAAUCAUCAAAGCCAUCAACAGGCUUCAAUUGGCAAUUGGAAGAUGAAACAAGCAACCCUUUUCUCCUUAUCUCUCUUCCUACUCUUAUGCUCUACCAGUUUGGCCAUUUCACCUGCACCUGCAGCAGCACCAAAAGCACCUGCAGCAAAAACUCCCCAUACCCCAAAGGCUGCAGCACCAUCACCAAAACCAUUAGUCCCCACAUUACCUCAGUCCCCAGACUCCCCUGACUCUGUCCCUGAUGACAUCACAAGAAUCCUCAAAAAGGCCAAAAUGUUCUCAACCCUGAUUCGCCUCCUCAAAACCACAGAAAUCAUGAACAACAUAAACUCACAGCUCAUAACAGCAAAGAGUGGGGGCAUAACAAUUCUUGCACCAGAUGAUUCUGCCUUUUCCAACCUAAAAGCUGGCUUCCUAAACUCCCUCAACGAAGGCCAGAAAAUCGAACUUGUGCAGUUCCACAUAUUGCCAGAGUUUGUGUCAAGCUCAAACUUUGAUUCUCUGAGCAACCCUGUGCAGACAGUGGCUGGCAAAGACCCUGUAAGGCUUCCACUGAACGUGAAUGCAUUAGGUAACAGUGUCAACAUUUCAACUGGGGUCGUCAAUGCCACCGUUUUGGGUGUAGUCUACUCCGAUAAUAAACUUGGGAUUUAUCACGUCGACAAGGUGCUUCUUCCUCUUGAUUUCUUUGCAACCAACAAGGCUCCAGCUUUGGCUCCAACAUCUCUUGCAAAGGCUCCCAAAGCUGCUAAAGAAAACUCUUCUGAUGACGAUCAAGAAGAAACAAACCAGGAUCACAAUAAAUCGGGAGCAGUGAAUUUGGUCAUUGGUGGAACAAAGUUUGUGUCACUUGGCAUAGCUUUGAUGGCAGUGGCAACCAUGUGGUGUUGAUGAUCCAUUUGGCAGCUGUGCUUCCAGUUUUCUGUGCCAAACAUGAUUUUAGUUUCUUUCUCUUUGCUUUUUUUGUUUAAAUUUUGCUCUGUUCCUGGUAUCUUGUGUGUUGGGGUUAUGAAAGGGCGAAAAUCCUUCAAUGAUUCACGAUUCAGUUAUUAAUCCAUAAUUGUUCCAUGAUGUUUUAUGUUCUAAA